GGCAAAGGCAAGCUGCAUGUGUUGUGCGUCCGAGCCAUGGGAGGAGUGUUGGACAAGCCCAUCACCAAGAAAUGCUCCGAGAGCGGCCUGGACUGUGGCCCCCUACGCCUAUCAUGGGCAGCCUCCGCCAUGCAGGGAUGGCGGGUGGGCAUGGAAGAUGCACACAUCGCCCUGCCUGCGCUGCGUCGCCCGGCGCCGUGGGCGUCCACGGCGCUCUUCGGCGUGCUGGAUGGCCAUGGGGGCGCGCAGGUGGCCAGAUUCAGCAGCGACCACUUGCCGCAGGAGCUGCGGAAGUUCCCAGUGGAGAGCCCCGCGGCCAUGGAGCAGGCGCUCAGAGGAACUUUCCACAAGAUCGAUGACUUGUUGAGGAGUGGUGACUUCGCUGCGGAGGUGUGCUCCCUUGCGCAGCCUCAAACGCGAGAACGAGUGAUGCCAUCACCGCGCAACGGGGAUGCACACAUGGUGGGCUGCACCGCCUGCGUGUGCUGUGUCACCGAGCGGCAGAUCGUGACAGCCAACGCUGGAGACAGUCGUGCGGUGCUUUGCAGCGCUGGGCAAGCGAUCCCUUUGAGUGAGGACCACAAGCCCAACGCGCCCACGGAGAAGCAGCGCAUCGAGGCGGCCGGCGGCCGGGUAGAGUGCUGCGGGCCGGGGCAAUACCGGGUCAAUGGCAACCUGAAUCUGUCCCGCGCCCUCGGUGACCUUGAGUACAAGAAGGACCGGUCUCUACCUCCAGAGAAGCAAAUUAUUUGCUCCACGCCAGACGUGACCUUCAGAGAGCGCGAUCCUGACAAGGACGAGUUUCUUAUCAUUUGCUGCGACGGUGUUUGGGACGUGAAGAGCAACCAGCAGGUUGUUGACUUCAUCCGCGCCCGCCUAGCUGCAGGCUGUGAUGAGCGAGCUAUGGAGCUCGCCCUGGAGGAGCUGCUAGACGCCUGCGUUUCGCACGAUUUGCGGGAGACCAACGGCCUGGGCGGGGACAACAUGACAGCGGUCUUGGUUCUUCUGAGACCCGGUGACAAGGAGGAGGCUCCUGAGGAUUUUGAUUCAAGGAGACCGGAGCUUCGCAGAGUCAGACUCAUGGCCAGCAGAUUUGGCGAGAGACAUGCCAUCCAGGAGGUACAGAGCGGUGACACUGAGGGCUGGCUUCAGGCACACAUUCAGCUUCCCAGUGGCAUCUCCCGGAGCCAGCUGGGGGUCUUUGUCUCCGAGGAGAGGGCCCAACUUCAGGUGGCUGUUCAAGAUGGAGGCGACGUCGUCUCCUCCAUGUUUGAGCUUGCAGAACAUCUGCCAGAGGCAGCUCGGCUGGAGCUCAGCUCGCCAGCGCGGCUGUCCAGCAGCAGCUUGAGGCUUGAGCUUGUCUGGAAGACCUGAGCCACCGCGGCAGACCUGAAAGAGGCAUGAGGCCUGUGGGAUUGGCCCACGUGCCAUCGGAUAUGCAACAUAUGUG